AUGGCGGCAGAACAGCGGAAAUUGCUGGAGCAGUUGAUGGGGCGAGAUGCCCUUGAUUCGCGACGGCCGGUGCGAGCAGAGAGGAUUGAUUUGUAUGACCCGAAGAUAUGUAAAUCGUUUUUGUUGGGAGGGUGUUUCUACGACUUUUUCCCAGGAGUGAAGCAGAUUGGCAGGUGUCCCCGGAUGCACGCCGAGAAGUAUCGAUUGGAGUACUUGAACCAGGUGAAGAAUGGAGUCAAGUUUCCAGAUUUUGAUUUAGAGCAUGAACGAACACUGGAACAUCAUAUUAACGAGCUGCAACAACGAAUCGAUGUGGCUAAUAAACGACUGGAUAAGACGCCAGAAGAUAUGGAGAAAAUCAACCAGGCGACUCGAGAUCUCGAGACGCUGACUACAGCUAUUACCAUGUCAUUACAAGAAAUCGAGUUGUUGGCAGAGCAAGGACAUAUCACAAAAGCAUUACAAGAACUGAAUAAUUUAGAACGACUGCGAAUGGAGAAAAACAAUAUCAACACGGAGAUCAAAGCGCUGUCGGACGUGAGUGGGUUCUCGGGGUUCCAGAAACUACAAGUGUGUGAAAUCUGCAGCGCAUAUCUCAGUCGACUGGAUAACGACAAGCGAUUAGCAGACCAUUUCCUCGGCAAAACCCAUCGAGGGUAUGCACUUCUGCUUGAUACCUACAACGAAUACAAAACCAAAAACGCGCCAUUACACGCCUCAUCCCGUAAACGAGGAUACUCCCACUACUGA